CAGCAGAGAGGGAAAUGAAGGGGGAGGGAAAAAACAAAUGAAGUGAGGCUGAGCAGAGACACACCUGGACUUUCGAGCAGCUGACAGAGCCAGACAGGACAGUGCCAUACGGGGACAGAUUCUUUGUGGCGAGACAGAAAGUGAUUAAAGAAGCAAAGAGAAAUGGAGGCCAACAUCCACGGCUGAGAUAGACACACACAGAGAGAAACAAGAGGACAGAGGAGAGGAAGCAGGAGGAGUUUUAAAGGUGUGAGAGGAAGGCUCUGUGUCAUGGCCUCCUUGGGGAUGCAGAUGUUGGCGAGCGCCUUGUGCCUGUUGGGCUGGGCCGGGGUCAUCCUCAGCUGCGUGCUGCCCCUGUGGCGGGUCACGGCCUUCGUGGGGAGCACCAUCGUCACCUCGCAGACCAUCUGGGAAGGCAUCUGGAUGACCUGCGUGGUGCAGAGCACGGGGCAGAUCCAGUGUAAACCCUACGAGUCGAUGCUGGCUCUCAGUGCCGACCUGCAGGCCGCCAGGGCGCUCAUCGUCCUCGCCAUCACCACGGGCAGCGCGGGACUCAUCCUGGCCUUCGUUGGAGGGAAGUGCACUCGCUUUCUGGACGAUGCAGGAGGCGGGAUCAAGGGGAAGGUGGCUGUAGCAGCGGGGGCGGUGCUGAUCGCCACCGGGGUGCUUUGUUUGAUUCCCACCUCGUGGGCAGCCGGCGCCGUGGUGAGGAAGUUCUACAGCGCCUCCAUCGACGCCCAGCGGCGGGAGCUGGGAGCGUGCCUCUACAUCGGUUGGGGGGCGUCCAUCUUGCUUAUCCUCGGAGGGGGUUUGUUCAUCAGCUCCACGUGCCCCCUCAAAGCCCACGAAGCAGACAAGAGCCCCUCGGUCCGCUACCUGGUGGUCCGCUCCUCCAACGGCUCCUCCAGCCGGGGGCCUCCUCACCACAGCAGAGCACAGCCAGCGGCGGCGGCGGCGUCUCGGCCUGUUGGAGCGGCGUUCCCAAGAUCUCAAAGCCAAGACGGAUCCUCGGCAAAGCCCCCGGUGUACACACGGCCCCCCUGGGAGGACGGGCCGGAGUCGGAACAGUCGUGGGCGCCAUCGACAAAGUCUCAGCUGAAAAAAGCAGAGUCGACAAAGUCGGAAUACAGUGAGGCACCGUCGACAAAGUCUCAGCUGAAACGAGCAGAAAAAGAAAAGACUUCAGCAGCGGAGAGUGAUAACGAGGAUGCGUCCUCAAAUCCAGCAAGGACAUACCUCUAAUAACAAGUUUUAAGAGCCAUUUAGAAGUGCUAGUUUGCCUUUUUGUGACAGUUUACUGAUGAGAACUAGCUUGUUGUAUAGUUUGGGUCUCAACUACAUUCAUCAACAUGAAGGAGAAUUGCAGCUUUCACAUGUUCUGUGAACUGAACCUGCAGAAACAAACUGAAUCCGGGUGCAAGUGAAGUAUGUUGUUUUUUCUUUCUAUUUUUUGAGCAUCACACUGGUUGUUUUCACACUUUUUGAAAAAAAUGCACUGAAUGAGGAUGAAUCUGUAACCUCAGAGUCAUUCGCUUGUUUGUUUCUGCUGGAUGAACAGGAACCUGAAUGCAACAUAUUUAACCUACUUUCAUUGAUGGAAUGUAACAUUUACUCAAGUACUCUACUUCAGUACAAUUUUGAGGAGUAUUUCCAUUUUAUGUAACUUUAUACUUCUACUCCACUACAUUUAGAGACAGAUAUUGUACUUUUUUUACUCCACUACAUUUAGCUGACAGCUUUACUUACUUUUCAGGUCGAGAUUUAACAUAAAAAUAUGAUCAAUUUAAAAUAAUUAUAUAUUCUUAUAAAUUAAACAGAAACAUGCUGUUUUUAUAAAUGCCUCAAUAAUAAUAUUUUUAAUAAUAUAUUUGGAAAACAAUCUGCUAAAAAAGUAUUUAGAUACUUUUGUACUUUUACUUCAGUCAGUUUUGAAUGCAGGAUUUUUACUUGUAAUGGAAUAAUUUCACAGUGAGGUAUUAGUACUUUUACUGCACUAAAAUAAUCUCAAUACUUAUUCCACCACUGCUUUAUUUUGCAUCAUAACUUCAAACAUUUUUAAAUUCUAAGCAGGUGUUCAUUUGAUGAGCCGAACUCUUGAAUUGUGAUUUUAUGUUUUUGUUUGUUGUACAGACAUAGCAGAUACUUGUAUGUUUAUUUUUGACUGUAAUUUGAUCAAGCACGUUAUUUUUCACUAAUCUAAAUGUAAUAAACACACGAAACAUGAGCCUUUUGUCCUUUAAAGUGUACACAGCA